ACAAUUCUGUGUCCCUCAGUAACAAUUCUGUGUCCCUCAGUAACAAUUCUGUGUCUGUCCCUGAGUAACAAUUCUGUGUCCCUGAGUAACAAUUCUGUGUCCCUAAGUAACAGUUCUGUGUCCCUGAGUAACAAUUCUGUGUCCCUGAGUAACGAUUCUGUGUCCCUCAGUAACAAUUUCUGUGUCCCUGAGUAACAAUUCUGUGUCUGUCCCUGAGUAACAAUUCUGUGUCCCUGAGUAACAAUUCUGUGUCCCUGAGUAACAAUUC